AUUCAAUUCUUCUCACAGCAUAUCUAGCUUUUGAUUCACUUUCCUUGUCCGAUCUUAAAGUUUCAUACUUUUUUUUUUAAUCUCUGAGAAUGCUAUUCUAUGUGUGAUUCGUUAUUAGAUUUUAGAAUUGCUUUCGAUUUUCUUACAAAAGUUUUGAUUUUUUUUUAUUGUCUGCGGUUCUGUCUUAAAAAGCGAAAAAAAAAAGAUGGCGAACAGAGAGAUGGCAGUGUACUGUUUCGACACUUUGGUCUCUCACUACAACAACGAGGAGACUCCUCCACCUGCCUUUGACGACGCCAAUCAUCCGUUGUUUGUGACGUGGAAGAAAAUAGUGAAUGGAGGGGAGCCUCGAUUGCGUGGAUGUAUUGGUACACUGGAAGCACGCCGCUUGAUCAGUGGCUUCAAGGAUUAUGCCUUGACCAGUGCCCUGAGGGAUCGUAGGUUCCCACCAAUACAGUCCAAAGAACUGCCAUUUCUGCAAUGUACCGUCUCUGUCUUGACUGAUUAUGAAACUGCUGACGAUUAUCUUGAUUGGGAGGUGGGAAAGCAUGGUAUAAUCAUUGAGUUCACUGAACCUGUGUCUAACACAAAGCGAAGCGCCACGUAUUUGCCUGAGGUCCCAGCUCAUGAAGGCUGGACAAAGAUAGAGGCAAUAGAUUCGCUGGUGCGUAAAGCAGGAUACAGCGGUGAAAUAACUGAAUCAGUGCGUAGGAGAAUCCGUCUAACUCGUUACCAGAGUACAUUAUUCAGCAUGCACUAUAGUGAAUACCUUUCGUACGUGAAGGCCACGAGAGGCGGUGUUGCCCCAGCUAUUAACGGGACCAGCAAGCCCGCCAUGGCCUUUUCUUGAUUUGCACCAUUAAGCUGCUGCUGCAAAUGGGUGCACCUCCUCAUCAUUUAUCUUUUUAUUUGUGCUCUCUCUGAUCAAAAGAAGAACUAUUUGGGUGCUUCACAAUUGUAUUACAACAAUGCUAUUAAAUCAAAGGAACUAACUUUGAUAUCU